AGCAGACGUGUGUUUCUGUACUUAACAUUCAAAAUGCCAGCGGAAAGAGUGAGGCCAGAGGAAAACCCAGCAUGCACAACCAUCUCCUGGGUUUCUGUGCCCCUUCGGACUGGCAAAAACAAGAGAUGGAGACAGAGGGAGAGCCGGCGGAGGCUGCCAGCAAGCACUGGUGCUUCCACCCCGCCUACAGCAGGUACUGGCACCAUUACCACCGGGCCAUGGCCUGGAUGCGCAGGCACCAGAGCGCCUAUCGGAAGGCCGUGCAGGCCUACUACACGUCCCUCUGGUACUUCCAGUCCCAGGCUCCUCCACAGGACCCUGGGGCCACUGCGGGCGGCCCUCCCAAGGCCUCUCAGGACCCCUGCUGUGGUUACUACCAGCCUCCAUGGGCUGGCCCCCAGGAUAAGCAGGGCAGGGGCCAGGAGGAGUCCGAUUCUGAAGGAGUGGAAUGCGACGUGAGCAACAUGGAGAUCACCGACGAGCUCCGCCAGUUCUUCAAAGAGACCGAGCGGCACAGGCAGGAGCGACGGCGGCAGCAGGAACUGGACGAUGAGCGCCUGAAGGAGUACAUCUAUGCGGACCAUGGCCUCUACGACGACACCCCGCGCUCCUCAGAGCCGCCAUCGGAGCGGCCGGGUGAGCGGCGUCAGGCCGAGAUGAAGAUCCUGUAUGGGGCCAGCGCUGCCAAGAUCCAGGCCAUGGAAGCGGCCGUGCAGCUGAGCUUCAACAAGUACUGCGACAGCAAGAAGCCCAAGUAUUGGCCUGUCAUCCCGCUCAAGUUCUGAACCUGAGGCUGGGGCCCCUGGCCACUGUUCCCACUCACUCCCAGGUCCCGGCGGGUUGUGGAGAGGGGGUGGACCUGGGUAGCGUACGGGCCCCUUGGAAGUAAUGAGGUGUGGACUCUCCUCAACAGGAGAGCUUUUCUUUUGCUGUAAAAACAUAAUGUCACACACGUGGUGUUUUGGUGUUGGCCGUGGUGCUCAGUUCUGAUAUUAAAGUUGAGAGGCCCUA